CCAAAAGUGACAAACCAGGUAACCCCAAGAACUAUUGUUGGCCCCAUUGCAUAACAAUAAAACGCGAAAUAUGCUGAAGCCCUGUGCAGUCUCCGGUUACUUCCGCGGCGUAAGCCAAGUGGUAAGCAAUCAAUUGAACGUCGCGUCGACUGCAACCGUCUUACCGACGAAACAAGUGGUGCAGAUCCCUUUCCAGGGCUCCACCGCCUUAUCUCUCUCCAGGGCUCUGCCCAACGCGAAUUUCUCGGUUUCCUGCGGUCCAGCCGCUUCCACUCAAAUCAGGUGGGCUCACACCGAUAUAAAUGUACCGAACUGGGACAACUACCGCAGGUCCUCCACUAAGGACCCUAAUGCGCGUAACGCCGAUACUGAGGACACUCGUAAAAAUUUCACUUAUUUAAUUGCCGGGGGCCUGGGAGCUUCUAGCGCUUAUGCAGCUAAGUCAGUUGUAACCCACUUUGUAAGCUCGAUGAGUGCCUCAGCUGAUGUGUUGGCCUUGGCCAAGAUCGAAAUCAAACUGUCCGACAUUCCUGAAGGGAAGUCGGUCACUUUCAAGUGGAGGGGCAAGCCUUUGUUUAUCCGUCACAGGACUCCCGAGGAAAUCUCUGCGGAGCAAGCUGUACCAGUGGGAUCCCUCCGAGACCCUCAACAUGACAAUGAGAGAGUACAGAACCCCGAAUGGUUGGUGGUUUUGGGCGUUUGUACCCAUUUGGGGUGUGUACCCAUAGCGAAUUCUGGUGAUUUCGGGGGCUAUUAUUGUCCCUGCCACGGGUCACAUUAUGACGCCUCUGGAAGGAUCCGUAAGGGGCCUGCGCCUCUUAAUUUGGAGGUGCCCCAGUAUACUUUCACUAGUGAUGACUUGUUAGUUGUCGGUUAAUUCGUUAAUUUCAGCUUAUUUUAAGUACUAUUUAUAUGUAACAACUUUGUUUUUUUUUCUUGUGAUAAGAGUCUUAAAGUGAAAAUACUGUGAAGGAUUGUAAAUACCCGAUGAUGAUGCUUUGUUUUAAAUAAAGUGUAAUGGAGAGA